UAUUCCCGCCCAUCUUCUCUAUCUAUGGCCUCGUUUUGACGAAUCAAACUUUCUCCAUCGCACUGUAAUCAAAUAUAAACUAAGACUACUCUCUCUCUCUUUCCGAUUCCUGAUUUGGUCGGCCGGUGACCUCUCAAAUGGCAGAUUGAUCUUCCACAUUUAUCCAAAUCUAGAUCCCAGCGAGCCAACUCCGCCGCAAUGAACCAUUUCCACAUCUACGAAGCCAUUGGCCGGGGGAAAUACUCGGCUGUUUAUAAAGGGAGAAAGAAGAAGACUAUUGAGUAUUUCGCGAUUAAGAGUGUUGAGAAGUGCCAUAAGAGCAAGGUUCUACAAGAAGUUAGGAUUCUUCACUCUUUAGAUCAUCUAAAUAUAUUAAAAUUUUACUCAUGGUAUGAAACUUCUGCUCACUUGUGGUUAGUUUUGGAAUAUUGUGUUGGUGGAGAUCUGAUGACCUUAUUGCGACAGGAUAGUCAGCUACCUGAAGACUCCAUUCACGAUAUUGCUCGUGAUUUGGUUAGAGCUUUGCAGUUUCUACACUCAAAGGGAAUUAUUUACUGUGAUCUAAAACCAUCGAACAUUCUCUUAGAUGAGAAUGGACGUGUGAAGCUAUGUGACUUUGGAUUGGCAAGAAAAUUGAGCGAAAUGUCUAAAACUCCUUCUUCCAUGUUACCUCAAGCAAAACGUGGAACGCCCUGUUAUAUGGCUCCUGAACUAUUUGACGAUGGAGGCGUGCAUUCCUAUGCAUCUGAUUUCUGGGCCCUAGGUUGCGUACUGUAUGAAUGCUAUGCAGGGAGGCCACCAUUUGUGGGUAGAGAGUUCACUCAACUAGUGAAAUCUAUCCUCUCAGAUCCAACCCCACCCCUUCCUGGCAAUCCAAGCCGUCCUUUUGCCAACCUAAUCAAUUCUCUCCUGGUGAAAGAUCCAGCUGAAAGAAUACAGUGGACUGAGCUUUGUGGACAUGCUUUUUGGAAUACUAAAUUUGCUCUAGUACCCUUGCCAUCUCAGCCUGCUUUUGAUAAUAUGAUAGAACUUUAUGCUAAGCCAUGUCUCUCAGAAUGUAAUGGAGAUAGAUCUUCACAAAACAAAACCCCUCCUAAACAUUGUGAAAAGGAUGUAAAAGGGACACCAAAACCUAAUGAGAAUUCAAUAUUAGGUUCAAGUGGUCAUGAGACCCCGGUAAAGGAUAUUCUGAGUGGUAGAAAAAUCCAAACAAAGACAUUCAGAGGGGUUGAAGAGAAGCAGAGAGUUCCUUCUAGUGCUAGUAGGGGUGUCAAUCUCCUAAGGCUGUCAAGAAUAGCAAAGUCAAACUUGCAGAGGGAGAAUGAAAAGGAAAACUACAGGAGGCCCAUGCCUAAUAGCUAUGAAAAUGAUGCUGAGGUUAAAAUUGAAAACACUGAUAUGGAACUUAAUUUUAAUGAGAAUGCGGAAGAUGAUACACAUGAUGAACCUGAUGGAUCUGAUAACUCUAGCAGUAUACCUGAAGAAGUAGAGAGUAACAUACAUCAAUUGGAGACCUCACCCGUGGUUAACAUGCCUGCUUCAGAUGAAUCAAGAACAAAUGAUCAGGAAUCAUCUUCAGAAUAUGUUGAUAUAGCUACCACCCCACUCACUGCCAGUCCUCAGGUCAAAACUCAAAGAGCUAAAGAAGGUGUGGAAGCCACUGAGUUUGAUUCUUUAAAAUCAUCCAAUAAGCUCUCAGAGGUCCUUUGGCAUCCAUCUGAUCUUUCGGUCAGGCCUGUGAUGCCCAGCAGAAAAGCUGAUAAAGCAUCAGAAGUAAUUCCUUCUCUUCCUUUUGAAGCACUGAAACCAUCUGAUUUUGUGAAGAUGUCUAAGGAGCAGCUGGACGCACUCAACAAUAGAAUUAUAUCCACUUUUAAUGGGAACAAUAACACUGGAGAGAAGCAGAAUCUGAUUAGAUACCUUGAGAUAUUGAGCAGUAAUGCCGAUGCAGCCAAUAUCUUAACAAAUGGGCCGAUAAUGCUUAUGGUUGUUAAAAUGCUCCGACUUUCCAAGGCUUCAGCUUUGCGUGUUCAACUUGCUUCACUAAUUGGCUUGUUGAUUCGUCAUUCUACUUUUAUUGGAGAUGAUUUGGCCAGUUCUGGAAUUUUAGGGUCACUUACAGCUGGCCUCAGGGACAGGCAAGAAAAAGUGAGGAGAUUUUCCAUGGCUGCUCUAGGUGAAUUGCUGUUUUAUAUAUCCACCCAGAAUGAACAGAGUAGAGAUAAUAAUACACUUGAAUCUCCCUCAAAGGAUAGUCGUUCCACAUUUGGUUGGCAGGUUCCAAACUCUUUGAUUUCCUUGGUUUCGUCUGUUCUACGGAAAGGAGAAGAUGAUAUAACUCAACUUUAUGCAUUGAGGACUAUUGAGAACAUUUGCAGUCAAGGAGGAAAUUGGGCAGCUCGUUUCACCAGCUCAGAUGUGAUCAGUAACCUAUGUUAUAUAUAUAGAGCAACAGGGAAACAGGAGAGCAUUAGGCUUACUGCGGGAUCAUGUUUGGUUCGUUUGGCUCGGUUUAAUCCUCCUAUCAUCCAGUCGAUUAUUGAAAAACUUUCUUUCAAAGACACAGCAUCUGCUCUUGUUAAGGGCAGUCCGCGUGAGCAGCAAGUAUGUUUGAACCUCUUAAAUAUGGCCAUGCUUGGAAGCCAUAUGUUCACAAACAUUGGGCGACACCUUUUACCCUUGGCGGAGGAUAAGAACCUAGUUCCAAGUCUUUUAUCUCUUACUGAGCAGGGUAGUGAAAUUUUGAGGGGAAAGACGCUUCUCUUCACGGCUCUGCUUUGCAAGAAUGGAAGGAGAUGGUUACCACACUUUUUCUGCAAUCCUAGAUUGCUCUCUGCAGUGGACAGGCUGGCCAAAGAGAAGGAUAGCUACUUGCAGCAGUGUUUAGAUGCAUUUGUGCGCAUUGUGGUAUCUUCUGUCCCAAGCUUACUGGAUAUUAUAACUACAGACAUUCAGCAGAUGAUGGGAGGAAGGCGAAAUGGGCAUUUCUCUGCCAUUAGCAGUCGUGUUACUCCAAAGACCAAUAUUCAUUCAUUGCCUGUUGUCCUGCAUCUACUUGGCAGCUCAUCUUUAAAGUGCCGGGUUGUGAAUAAUCAAGUACUGCAGCAAUUGACAAAUUUGGUCAAGGUUCUAGAAACACCAUUUCAGGGAAGGGAUGACUUACAGAUAACUCUUCUUCGAAUUUUGGAAUCUAUUGCGGAGGAAUCUUCUUUGAUUCUUGAAAGCCCCGAUAUCCUUAUUGGUGAAAUUCUACCUAGCCUAGCCAUUCUGUACAAGGGAAACAAGGAUGGCGAUGCCAGAUUCUUAUGCCUGAAAAUCCUGUUUGAUGUCAUGGUCAUCUUCUUAAAUGAACCUUUUGAUGAUGAGCAAAGAUCACAGGCCUUGAAGGCAAUAUCCAAUAUCCAUUUCCUACCUCUCUACCCGGCAUUGAUUGAAGAUGAAGAUCCCAUUCCCAUGUAUGCACAGAAGCUUCUUGUGAUGCUCAUCGAGUUUGAUUGCAUAAAAAUCUCAGACAUUUUACAUCUGAAGACAGUCUCACAGUGCUUUGAAUUUUUACUCGGUGAUUUGUCGAAUGCAAAUGUAAACAAUGUUAAGCUGUGUCUUGCUUUGGCAUCUGCUCCUGAAAUGGAUUCCAAAUUACUUUCUCAGCUAAAAGUAGUUAGGAAGGUUGGAAAUCUUUUGGAGUUUGUGUAUGCAAAAGACAUGGAAGAUUUUCUUGAGCCAACUCUUGCCUUGUGUAGGGCUUUCCUCCUAUGCUCAGUAGGGAGAAAGAGAGGAUUAGCCUACAGACAAGAACCAGCACUCCUAAAUGAUGUUUCUUCUGAGGCAAGUGGUCCGAUUGAUCCGCAACAAUGUAUAAGAGAUACAAUGGAAUUUGGUGGCAAUGUAGGUGUCCUGCUUGAGUUGAGUGGGUCCUCUGAAGUAAAUAUCGCAGAUAUAGCUUCUGAAUGUGUAGUAUUAUUGCUGAAGGCAGCCCCAAGGGAAGCUACAACUGGUUUUCUAACUAACCUUCCGAAGGUUAGUGCAAUCCUUGAGUCUUGGCGCAAGGGUGUGCCUCACUUAAUUUUGCGUCGGAUGCUGCACGCUCUUGGUUAUUCUUGCAGGCAGUAUUUGUCACAUGCAAUGAUAUUAUCAAUAUCUAAAACUGAGGUGUCAAGGCUUGAAGCCAUUAUUUUGGAACUGAAAAAUUCAAGCACAUAUGAUUUAGCCAAUGCUGCUUUGCGCGUGGCCUCAGAGUUGCACCGGCUGCCUCGUUGCAUUUGAAGCCUGGAGAUACUUUGGAAGUUGGCUUAUGACAGGGCUGAAAGGCUCCUCCUGAAAUCAGGGUAAGGGUUCAGUGCCCCAUGUAUGAGGAUGAAUUCAAUUUUUUAUUCGUAUCAUUAUAAUAUCCUUUUUGUAUAAUCUUUAUAUGUUUUGUAUCAUCAAAAGAACUCCAUUUGCUUGAAACUCGAAGUUGAAUAGAUCAGAGUCGACGCAUGUCCUCUUCAGCAUACAUUUGGGUGUAGAGAAGCCCUGAAUUCUUGAACAAAAAUCAACCAAAUUUAAACAAAUGGAAAAAGAAAAAAAAAGAAGCUUGACUGUUA